AGAAACAGAUCGCAGUGUAUGUUUUUCGCAACAAAAUGGCGCAUUCUGGAGUUUUCUUUGAUGUCGACCAGUUCAGUUGUCCAAUCUGUUUAGAUUUACUGAAGGAUCCCGUGGCUAUUCCGUGUGGACACAGUUAUUGCAUGGACUGUAUUAAGGGCUGCUGGAAUCAGAAUGAUCAUGUUGGACUAUACAGCUGUCCUCAGUGCAGACAGACCUUCAGCCAAAGACCUGUUCUGGGAAGAAACACCAUGCUGGCUGAAGUGGUGGAGAAACUGAAGAAGACAGAACUCCAAGAUGCUCCUUCUGAUCACUGUUACGCUGGACCUGGAGACGUGGUGUGUGAUGUGUGUAUUGGGAGCAAGAAGAAAGCUGUCAGAUCCUGUCUGGUCUGUCUGGCCUCUUACUGUGAAACAGACCUUGAACUUCACAAUAAAUUGAACAGAGGAAAGCAACACAAACUGAUUGAUGCCACUGAAAAAAUGCAGGACAAGAUCUGUACCCAUCACAAUAAACUGCUGGAGGCCUAUUGUCGUACUGAUCAGCAGUGUAUCUGUCUGAUGUGCGUGAUGGAUGAACACAAAGGACAUGAUACAGUCUCAGCUGCUGCUGGAAGGACUGAGAAACAGAAAGAGGUGGAGGCGACACAGAGGGGAUUCCAGGAAGGGAUCCAGCAGAGAGAGAAGAAGGUGCAGGAGCUGAGAGAGGCUGUGGACUCACUCACACGCUCUGCACAGGCAGCAGUGGAGGACACUGACAGCAUCUUCACCCAGAUGAUCCGCUCCCUUGAGAAAAGGCGCUCUGAGCUCAAAGAUGUGAUCAGAGCUCAGGAAAAGGCUGCACUGAGUCAGGCUGAAGGUCUCCUGGAGCGACUGGAGCAGGAGAUUGCUGAGCUGAGGAGGAGAAACACUGAAUUGGAGCAGAUUUUACAAUCUGAUGAUAUCUGUUUUUUAAAGGGCCGCCAGCCUCUCAGUGUCCCUCCUGGAUGCAGAAACCAGCCUAGUGUGACUGUCAACCAUUGCUGGUUUUUUGCACAAUUGAACAAAGGUCUUACAGAUCUAAAAGCCCACCUAGAGGAGUCUUGUAACAAUAAAUUUACAGAAUUCUCCAAAGCAGCAAAAAAAGUUCUUCAAGCUACAGAACCGAAGACCAGAGAAGAGUUUCUACAAUAUGCCUGUCAGCUCACAGUGGACCCCAGUACACUAAAUUAUAAUCUGUAUCUGUCUAAGAGGAACAGAGAGGUCAUAUGGACGGUCAUCAGUCGGACGUACCCGGAUCACCCGGACAGAUUUAAUUCCUUGGAACAGGUGUUGUACAGAGAGGGUCUGUCUGGACGUUGUUACUGGGAGGUUAGGUGGACUGGGCCUUGGGUUCACAUUGCAGCAUCAUAUAAAGGGAUCAGCAGGAAUGGAGGAGGUGAUGACUGUGGCUUUGGACGCAAUGACAAGUCCUGGAGUUUGUUCUGCUCUCCCUCUAGUUACAGUUUCUAUCACAACAAUGAGGAGACUCCAGUAUCUGGUCCCAGUUCCUCCACAAUAGGAAUUUACCUGGAUCACAGGGCAGGAACUUUGUCCUUCUACAGCAUCUCUGAGGACACAAUGACCCUUCUCCACAGAGUCCAGACCACAUUCACUGAACCCCUGUAUGCUGGGUUUCAUAUUGGUUUUAAAUCUAAAGUUAAACUUUGUUCUCUGACAUGAGAGAAGAAGGAAAUUAGAGGUGUUCUGUGAUCUGUAUUGCUCUUUUAAAUAAUUUUCUUCUAUUUUGCUGCUGCCUUAUGUAAUAUUAAUUCUUCUGCAUUUCACAUGUCAAGGCAUAAACAUCAAUAAACAGUGAUCUUUUGUAUGAGCAAUAAAUUAAUGAAAAAACUUUAUGAAUGCACAGUAAGUUGUAGCUGUGCCUUAUCUGGUAUCAUAGGGGUUAGUGCUACUGCCUUUGGACCCAAAGGUUGCAGGUUUGAUCCUUGU